AACGAAUAUCGGAUAUUUUGAAAAUUGAAAAUGCCGCAAGAUUUUGUGGUUGCCGCUGGGGAGUACAAUGUGCGGAAGCAAUUUCGAAAUGAGGGCCAGACAAGAAAGGCAAAGGAUAUGCCAUGGUCAAAAAAAAUAUUGGACUUGGAUCGCAAUCAGUUCUUCGGACGUACACUCUGGGGCUGGACUAGAAUAGUUUUAUUUUAUCUAUUUUUAUAUUGCAUCAUUACAGUAAUUAUGUGCCUUUGGGUAACGGUUUUCUAUUUCAGCACCUAUGAUCCAAUAACACCAGUUUGCCGCAAAAAGCAACCCGGCGUUUCUGUUGUGCCUGCUUGUAUAGAUGAAUUCCUAUUCAAAUUGGAUCCAGAUGCUGAAGCUCAAUUCGCCGACUGCAACAGAGACAAAGUCUGGGGCUACGAAGCCCGAAUACCGUGCGUUUUCAUCAAGAUAAAUAAAGUGAUUGGAUACAAGCCAGAAACCUAUGAGGACGUUGAUGAAUUGCCGUCCGAUUCACCAGGCAGUUUGACAACGAUACUAGAGAAUUAUUCGGGCAGCGGUCGUAUUUGGAUGACAUGCGAUAUCACUAAUGGCAAAUCGACCGAAAUCAAAUAUUUUCCUGGACCAUACUUUGAUACAACAAACGGUUUGGAUGGCAUCAGUCGUGUUAUUGCCAUGCAGCUCCGUGACUUACCUCAAAAGCAGGAUGUUAGUUUCAUUUGCACGACUUGGGCGAAAAAUAUUGAGAUCGAUACGAAGUAUAACGGCGUGGGUAAUGUGAAAUUCUCAAUACACAUGAGUUAAAUGCGAAUGCACAUUCAAAAAAAAGAGACGUCAAACACAAUUUUGAAUUUAAAAAAUAU